GACAGUGGUGCCGCCACUGCGGUGGUGGGAGAACUGGCGCGGUGGUGGGGGAACGGCGCGCCGUGGUGGGGAUAGAGCGGCGAGGACGAGCGUCCGCAGUCGUGUCCGAGCCGCGCGCUAAAAAGGACGCGUCUCUGCGUCUGUCAUCUGCCAACGGGAGAGGAAGAUUUUUUGCCUCUCUCGACGCGCGUGUCCGCGGUCCGUUUCGACGUGACGUGCGCGAGUGAGAAGGAGACGCUCCUCUUCCGAGGAUGAAGAUCCGUAAAGACGGCGCGGUUCACUGAUUUUUGUCUCGGACUCGCUCGGCGGACUCCGCCGCGCGAGCACGUGCGUAGCAGUAGUGCGUAGAGUGCAACGACGACGACGGCACGGCGUCCUGUUGUGAGCGAGUGAACGCUCGCUCGGAAUUUCAAUGGUGCGUACGUAAAAGGACGAAUCGACGUCCGCGUUGUGUGUCUCUCCCGUUUAUAUAUGCAUAUAUGUAUGUAUGUCGUUGACGGGACGAGUGACAGAUCGGAGAGAGAGAAUCGUUUAUAUAUAUAUAUAUAUAUAUAUAUAUAUGUAUGGGAAAGCAAAGUACCGGCCGACUAUUUGACCUGACCGGAAGAAGCUGGGGAGAGUACACAUCGCCGGAUAUCUCGCGUGCUUCCAGGAUGGCGUGGUAACCUCGGGGAGAGGCACAAAGUGUUCGCCGCCGUCGAAGGUUUACGGAGAAAGAGAGAGCGAUAGAAGCGCAGAGGGAUCGCACACGCCGAUCGCACGCACGCACGAACGCAAGCAGCAAGCACGCACGUACGCACGCACGCACGCAUGAAGGUCCCAUGGCUACCGGAUUGGUAAAGUGGUGGCGAGCAAGGUUCCUCGCCGGCUACAGACCCUUUUCUGUUGUGGGAACCAACGCGGAAGGUAGCGAUUCCGAGGAGUUGCUGACGGGGAUUCCGACGACCUGCAAUGUCUCGUCACCGCCGACGACGACGGAGUCGAAACCGACUUUAAUUUCCCCUGCGGAGCCGCCGCAGGUAGCGGUUGAUGGCCCGAGCGUACCUGCAGCAGGACCUACCGGUAAUGACGAACAGCCUACUUGCGGUACAACGAAACAACUUAGUCUCGAGCAGCAAGUCGCCUGCAAGGUAUCGGUCACGGAAGAUGGUGACACGCUGAAGGAGAUCGCCUUCACCCUGUACGACUUUAACGGCCAGGGGAAAAUAACGAAGGACGACAUAGCCGGUCUGGUGACCACUAUCUACGAUAAGCUGGGCGCCUCGACCAUACAGGUACCGUCGUGCGGCAGCAAGAUAAUUAACGUGACCUUGACGGUGUCGCCGGAUCAGCGGACCAGCAGCAAACAGACGCCACGCAACGCGCCUUGUAUUGCUGCGCAGACGUCGCAGACGACGACCACGACGUUGCCCACGAGUGCCCAUCAACACAACAAUCCGUCGUCCUGCUGUCAUUUGAAGCACGUCGCCCCCUGCAGUCAUGCGACCACCGCCGCCACCCGGCAUUACGCGAGCAGAGUUCCUAGGAGGAGGAGAGCGACGCGGUACCGCUGUCGGGACCUACAUUCCUCCGUGUACAAUACCCACAAGAUUGAGCGAAAAGAAGUGGAGACUCACAGCGAGGACGAGGACGAGAAAGCCCGUGCGAAUCGGGUGCAACAGGAGGAGCUGCGCAAAAGAGUCGGUCCGGUGCCCCAUUUACCAUCCCCCUAUUCAAACAGCUCCGAGGGUGAUGUGAGCGACGACAGUGGUGACACUUCCCCCGCGUUCUCACCAUUAACGCCUCUUCUUACGAUGAAUCAGAAGAAACGGAGCGGCGCUCUGCAAAGACAGCAAUUGUUGGAGAUCAUUCAGGCUAACAUGGAAAAAAAUAAUCUCAGUUUUCACACAUCAAGGAAACGGCAUCAAAACAGCGAGCAACCGCGCAAUCCAUCUCAGAGUCCUAAUCUAGGAACGUCGAAUCACAAUAAUCAAGACUGUCAGGCGUCUCCUCACCAAGGGGCCACGCACUACUAUUACUACAGCUACAAACCGAUCCGGGAGAGCGCGACCCAUCAUUCCGCGUCAUUUCCCAAAACGCCGACGAAAUCGCGAACGGCGAAUCACAGAAAGACGCGACACGCGACACCGAAGAACAACGCGACGGUACAUUCCUCCCCCCAGACGACGUACUCGCAGCUGCUGAAUCGCAACGUGUCGACGGUCUACAACGACACGCCGCAGCACACGAGCAACACGACUCACCGCAACAUCGUUAACCUCGUGCCCAACAACAACCAGCAAACUGCCAAUCAUCAAACGACGAUUACCAAUAAUCACAACAAUUUGCAGCGCAACGACGCGCAGUUCCUUCAUUCGCAACAGUGCAACAGAUCCAAGAAGCAUCAGCUCAAGCACGCCACGAGGGAGCAGGAUCAGGCCCGCGCGAUGGCUCAGGUCGUGCGCUGGCUCGAGCGGGAAUUCUCGCAGAACGUGGGGGGCAGCCGAAGACACGUUCACGAGCAUGUACACCACCACUAUCAUCAUCACCACUAUCCCUAUCCCCCCGAGGCUCUGGUCUAAUUAGCGAUAAAAUCGGGUGGUUUUUUUUCUGUAAACGUCUCAGAUCUUUGGAAAAGCUUUUACAAUACAAUGGAAUAUAUUUUAGAAGAGAACCCAAGUAGCAAACUGUCGUCAUUAGAUGUCAAAAUGACGUACGCUUGCUACCUGGGAACUUUGAUUUAUAUUAUGCUCUGUUAUUUCGAUAUCGAGGAGAUAUAAUUUAAUAUUUUUCUUAAACAGCGUCGUAAGAUGUGUUUUAUACUUCCGAGCUCUUAUAUAUUGCCCCCGCUAUAUAGAUUAUCUAUUAAGAAAUCGAUAUGCAAUCUCGUGGCAUAUAAGUUAUUCAUUGAAUCUCCAGUUUGUUCUCUUGUACGAGACAAACUGUGCAGUUUGUACAUAUAUCGCAUUGUUCGAUUAUACAUAUAUAUAUAUCCCUAGUGUUAAUAUGCGAAUAAUGGUGAUGCAAAUCAUCGGAUAUUUUUAUUCUGAUAUAAACGACUGAAUUUCUCCUUCGAAAAACGCGCAUCGAACAUUUGCGAUGCUCUUAGAUAUUGCCUUUGUUGCGUAAAUUUAUAAGCUAGACGAGAAGAGACAUCUUUUAUACUCUUCCAAUAUUGUAAGUAGCAAAUGACGCUACAGUUUGUUUUUAAAAAAUUGUAAAUUAAAUCGUAAAACACUAUUUGCGCGAGUUUUUUCUUUGACAAAGAUAUAGUUACUAUAAAAAUCUCAGGCUUAUACAAUAUAUCGCAUUGCGACGAGAUAAAUGCAUUUCAGGAUUUAGAGACGAUAGAAUACACAUUAUUAUUGCGCAUAUUAUAGGAGUAAAAAUUACGUUUUUACUCGAAACAGAAAAAUGCAGACGUUCCUUUUUCACUCGAACUUACGAUAAACUACGGCUAUCCAUCGUUGUACAUAAAAAAAAAGUAUCCCAAAGAGAAUCCUUCCUUCAGUAUACAAGCGUUAAGAGAAACAGACAGUCUAGAGUCGUAACGAUAAUUUAAAAAAAAAGUUCGAUACACAGUCUCCUACGAAUGUUCCUGUAACCAGAAGUUGAUAUAAUUCUUCCCCGAACCCAAGUUUAAUGGUGCUUAUGUACAUUUAGAUUUUCACACAGGAACGGAAUAAUUCUUUCGGUAAAGAAAUGUUCGAUUCUCUCAUAUAUAUAUUUUACAGAGCGUGUUUUUAUACUUUUGUAAUCUCGUUAUAUUUUAGCAAUUACAUUGUACAACCAUUUCAAGAUACUCUUUUUCGGCAGAAAUAUCGAGGGACAUUUUCGUAGGAAAUAAAGGGAAAUUUUUAGCAAAUUAAACUUUAGAGGAAGAAAGAAAAUAUAUUCCACGAAUAAUUUCGCGCGUGCGAUUAUUAAUAAAACUUCAAUAAAAAUUGUAAACUUGUGCGAUAAAGAAUUCAUUCAUCUCUGAAGAUGCUUUCGCGCCAAGAAAAAAAUCUGACAUUCGUAAGAAUAACGAUCUAGUUAGUUCUAAAUUACGAGAGACGAAGCUCUUUCGUUGUCUGCAAAGUACGAUUGUGGAUCGAAAAAGAGAGAGUGACGAUUAAAUUCUUAUUCUAGUGCCUUGUAACGUCUAUGUAACUAGUUUCACGCAUGUACUUGCGAACAUUGAAUCUUUUUUUCGGUAAAAAAAUCUGUUUUUACUCAUCGCACACGCGAGUGAAGUCCCGUGUCGGACAUUAAACUGUAUUAUUUAAGAUUCGCGUCGUUCUGCUGCUGUAAAACUCGUUGCAAAAACUUGGAGAACCUGUUGUUACAGUUGUCGAAACGGCGAUUAUUAUUCACAUCACUGGUGAAUGCAAAACAUGCAAAACACGCGUGAUGUAACGCGUGCAAAUGCAAAUGAUGAAUGUCGACAAUAUCUCUCGUCUCGGGUAUCAAUGAGAAAAGUAUUACGAUUACCUUUAGCGCAAUUAAUACUAAAUGCGAUUAAUAUUAAGAUUAGAUAAUUGAGAGAGAGGAGAGAGAGAGAGAGAGACAAACGUAAGGGUCCUCGAUAAUAUUAUGUUGCGAAUCAUGUAAUUUUAUAUAUUGAUAUUUGUAAUUUGUGUAGAUAUUUUCUGUAACUUUUUUUCUAUUGAUAUUUAUUAAAUCAUGUUUUUAUACAUUA